AACCUGCAACAAGAUGCAUUCUGCGAAGGAGAAGCUGAAGGACAUGGGCAGCGAAGCCAAAUAUAAGAUGAAGGUAUCAUCCAUAGCAACCCAGGAGAAGAAGGAGAAAGCUACUGCUAGAAACUGGCAGGAAAGAAAUAUGGCGGAUGAGAGAGCAAAGGCCAUGAAGGCUCAGGCCAAGGCUGAUCUUCAUCAGGAGAAAGCCGACCACCGGGCGGUGUCCGCAGCUCAUCAUGCCGGCUUGCACCAUGUUCCCCUCGCUGGCCACCAUCACCACCACGCACAUGCUGGAACUGCUGCUCCUGCCACUAACGCCUACUCCGGGGCAUAUCCGCCCGCCGGAAAUUACUAUUAGAUUGUUUGUGUGUGUACUUUUGAACAAUGUGUACUAUGAAAUAUAUCGCUUGUAUUUAGCCUUGUAAAUGCUGAACUUUCAUGUUUAUGUGAUAUGUACUGUAUGUGAAUUCUAUGAAUUGUUGUUUUUGGUUGA